AUGGAGUUUGAAGAGAUCCAUUAUGAUAUUGAGUCGAGCUACAUUGACCUACUUCCUGAAUGUAGCUUGGAAACUAUAUUUUGUUUCCAAAAUGAUGAACCACUUUCCUCAAGCACCCUUGAAGAUGUAAUUUCCAAUGAGGUUGACAUUGAAAGAUUGCUCCAGAUAGAGGGAGAUCUCAUGGACUUCGAUUUCAUUGAUCAAGAGACCAUAAUGGGUAUUGAAGAUGUGGAUGAAACUGUAUUGGAUCAUGAAGUGAAUCAAGAUGUCCAAGAAAAUGUGGACUUCCCAACAGAUGAGAAUUCCCAUGUGAAGAUGAUUCAAGAUGAACCAUUGGAAGAGAGCUGCUUAACUGAUCUCCUAGUGAUAGGAGCUGAAGCUGUUGAAGCAGAAAAUUGGCCUUUCGUUUCAAUUGUGAUAGCAAGGCUUACAAAUCUCCUUUCUGAUAGAGAAAAUGGGGAUCAACCACUAAGGAGGUUAGCUUCGUUCUUUACACAGGGCCUCCAUUACAAGAGCAUCAGUGCUCCUGAAAUGCUGCUGGAGUCUGUUUCUCAACAGACCAGCAGUAUGUCUGCCUUUCAAAUUCUCCAAGAGCUUUCCCCAUACGUGAAAUUUGCUCAUUUUACAGCCAAUCAAGCAAUCCUCGAGGCAACACAAGGAGAUCAGGAGGUUCAUGUCAUUGACUUCGACAUUAUGGAGGGUAUUCAAUGGCCUCCACUGAUGGUUGAUCUUGCAAAGAGAAAGGACACUUCCUUAAGAAUAACAGCAAUCAUUGGUGACAGUAUAAAUUCAGGUAUGAUUCAACAGACAGGAAGAAGACUAAAAGAGUUUGCAGAUUCGAUAAAUCUUCUGUUCGUGUUUGACCAGAUGGUCAUGGCGGAAGAAGAAGAUUUCAAAAGUAUAGAGGUGGGUCAUACACUGAUUGUCAAUUGUAUGAUCCACCAGCUCCACAUGCCCCACAGAAGCUCCUCACUGGUGAAGACUUUUUUGGGUGGUGUAAGCAAGUUGUCACCAAAGACUGUUGUUUUAGUGGAAGAAGAAUUAUUCAAUUUCUCUAAAAUCCCAUCAAUGUCCUUUGUGGAGUUCUUUUGUGAGGCCCUCCACCAUUACACUGCACUUUCCGAUUCACUUGUGAGUGGUCUUUCUGGAGGAUACAAAUUAGCAUUCAGAAUAAUAGAGAAAGAGUUUCUCGGUAGGAGAAUUUUAGACAGUGUGAGACAGUUUCCAUGUGAAAAAAGUGAAAGAAAAAUGUGGGAAGAUGGUUUUUCUCCACUGAAAGAGUUUAGGCCAAUUCCCAUGAGUUCAUGUAAUGUUUCUCAAGCAAAGUUCUUGGUCAGUCUGUUUAGUGGAGAGUAUUGGGUGCAACAUGAGCACUGCAGAUUGUCCUUGUGUUGGAAGUCAAGACCCCUGACAACAGCUUCCAUUUGGGUUCCUAUAUCAAGUCCAAGGCCUGCAAGGUCAACUCUUUUUUAA